CCUCUUCUUCUUCCUCUUUCUUUCCGAGCCGUCGCGUUUUGUGGAAGUUGCCGGAGAUUUUAACAGUCAUGAUGGAAAUACGAACUCCGAAGACUGGCAAAGCCAAGCGUGUACUCGAAAAGCGAGCUCCUAAGUUGGUUGAGACGGGGAAGAAGACAUUGAUACUUCAUGGAACGAAGACGAGCGCUACGAUUAGCACUGUACUGAUGGAGCUGUACCGUCUUAAGAAGGGAGGAGCCAUUAAAUACUCGAGGAGGAAUGAGAAUAUUAGGCCAUUUGAGAGUGGAGGUGAAACCUCAUUGGAGUUCUUCUCUCUCAAAACAGAUUGUAGCAUUUUUGUGUAUGGCUCUCACUCAAAGAAACGACCUGACAAUCUUUUACUUGGAAGAAUGUACGACCACCGCGUCUAUGAUCUUAUAGAAGUUGGGAUUGAGAACUUUAAAUCGCUGCUAUCGUUUUCCUAUGACAAGAAAAUAGCACCUCAUGAAGGAUCCAAGCCUUUCAUUUGCUUUACUGGAGAAGGGUUUGAGAAUGUUCAAGAGCUGAAGCAACUAAAAGAAGUCCUGACUGAUCUGUUUCGAGGCGAGGUUGUUGAUAAUCUAAAUCUUACUGGAUUAGAUCGUGCUUACAUAUGUUCAGCGAUAUCACCAAACAAGGUUUUUCUCACUCAUUGCGCGAUUAAGCUUAAAAAGUCAGGGACCAUCGUGCCUAAAAUAGAGCUUGUUGAAGUCGGUCCAUCAAUGGACUUGGUUAUCCGGCGUAAUCGUCUUCCCAACGAAGGCUUAAGAAAAGAAGCAAUGAAAACAUCCAAGGAUAAGCCUAAGAAGAAGAUUAAAAACGUUGAUCAAGAUGAAGUUCGAGGGAAGCUUGGGAAGAUUUAUGUUCCAGAUCAGGAGCUUCAAAAAAUGCCAUUGGCUGAUAAAUCCAAGGGAGUGAAGAGAGAGCGAAGAGAGUCUAAGCGGAAGAACAAGGAAGAAGGGUCUGCUUCCAAAAAGAAAAAAGAGUCUGAGUAAAACUCACAAAACCACUCGUGGCUGCGUCGACAACAGUUUCAACGCGAGGAAGAUGAGAUGAUUUUGCAGUGUAACAUGAGUUUUGUUUUUCGUUAGAAUCUAUUUCUGAAUGUUUUUUUCUACGCUUAUAUUUAUCGAGAUCAUUUUGUUA